ACCAAUUCCAUCGCUUUGCACCAGAGGAUUGUGGGUAUUGAGGUUUGGCGUCACGUUUUUUAGAUCCAGCAUGGCAGCGAAACAGAAAAGGAAAUUAGAAGACUUGAGUGUGGAUGAGUUCCUGCUGACAGGCUUUGAAUCUGACGAAGAGCCUCCCAAACAGAAUGGGCUCAAGAAAAAGACAGAUCAGAACUCUCCAAGCCCUAAGAACUAUGGUACUAUUCUGCUAUAUGUGCUGCCUGGCCUAACCAAAGUCCAAGUCCUAACCGAAUUGAGAUGCUUUGGCAGGGGCGAGGCCAGCUCUGGGGAUGAAGAAGAUGAUGACGAUGAAUAUGCUGCAAAAAGUUCAAAGAAAGCCAAGAAGGGAGCAGAUACUAUCAAAGUCACAGACAAAAUGAUAGACGACUGGAAAGCGGCCAUGAAGAAAGAACCCACAGCUCAUCUCUUCAGAGAAGUUACGCAGGCCUUCAAGGCUGCUGUCGCCACAACGAAGGGUGAAGAGGGCGGUCAGUGCCGCUACAAAGUAGCUGACAGCUCAGUGUUCAAUGCUUUGGUCCUGUUCUGCAUCAAAGAUAUCCACGGAGCUCUGCAGAGGAUUCUUAACCUGAAGCCAGAUAAAGACCAAAAAAAGUCAGUGCUUCCUUCGUCUAGUCCAAGAUGGCAGAAGAAUCAGAUGGACAUAAAGAUGUAUCUCAGUGGAGUGGUUCAGCUGUUAUCCAGCCUAACGGAGGCUACGGUCAUCUGCGCGGUCCUGAAGCACACCAACCAGCUCGUACCGUAUUACUUGUGUCUACCCAAACAGUGUCGCCACCUGAUUAAGCAACUAAUGAAGCAGUGGAGCACGGGGGAAGAGACGAGUCGGGUUCUUGCCUUCCUGGCCCUCAAUAAAAUCUGCCGCCAGAAACAGGAAACGUACCUCAACCCGAUUCUUAAGCAAAUGUACAUUUCUUAUGUACAAAACUGCAAGUUCACGUCUCCCAACGUGCUGCCCAUGAUCAACUUCAUGCAGAGAACUCUGACAGAGAUGUACGCCCUGGACACGCAGGUCACUUACCAGCACGCCUUCAUCUAUAUCCGACAGCUGGCCAUUCACCUCAGAAACGCCAUGACCAUGAAGAAGAAGGAAACAUAUCAAUCAGUUUAUAACUGGCAGUAUAUUCACUGUCUGUUCCUGUGGUGUCGGGUCCUGAGCACACUGCACCCCAGUGAGGUACUGCAGCCUCUGAUCUAUCCACUCUGCCAAGUCAUAAUUGGCACCAUCAAACUGGUUCCCACAGCGAGGUAUUACCCUCUGAGGAUGCACUGUUGCAGAGCGCUCACUCUGCUGUCUGGCAGCACCAACACGUUUGUGCCCGUUCUGCCUUUCCUCUUGGAGAUCUUCCAGCAAGUUGAUUUCAACAAGAAACCCGGACGAAUAAGUAAGAAACCCAUCAACUUUGCAGUCAUCCUGAAGCUUAACAAGGUCAACCUAAUCGAGAAAGCCUACAAGCUCGCCUUGCCCACCAUCAUUCAGCUGAAAGCGUUCCUGAAGGAAUGCAAAGUGCCCAAUUACUCCAAGCCGGUGCGUCAGCUGUUGGAGAAGAUACAGGAAAACAGCAGCCACAUCACAGGACGGAGACAGAAGGCCACGUUUGGAGUGGCCGAUGCCACCGCUGUGGCGGCUUGGGAGAAGCAGAUCCAGGAGGAGGGGACCCCCCUGAGCAAAUAUUACAGCCAGUGGAAGAAGCUGCGAGAGAAGGAGAUCCAGCUGGAGAUUUCUGGCAAGGAGAGGAUGGAGGAUCUGAACCUUCCUGAGAUCAAACGGAAGAAGAUUGAAGAGAAGAAGUCCGAGGACAAAAAGGAGUUCAAGGGUCUGUUCCAGUCUGACAGCGACUCCGAUGAAGAUGACGAUGCAGGACUCAAAAUCAAAUGUAAGAAGAGCAGCCGUGCGUCAGAUGACGAGGAUGACGAUGAUUUUGAAGACCUGUCUGACCUGAGCGAUGAUGAAGACUUAGAUGAUGAUGAUGAAGAGGAGGAAGAGGAAGGAGAUAAAAAGGCUUCCAAGACUCCUCAGCCGCUGUCCUCCUCUGCUCUGAUAAAGCUGGCUGAGGGAGAGGAGGAUGUAAUUGAAGACCUGGAACUGUCUGAUGACGACUGAGGGUCUAGAGGAGCGAUCAAUAUUUCCAGUAUUUCCUCUCUUUGCUAUUGUUUUAAUUUUCUAUGUACAGUACAAGUUUAAUUUUAUUAAACACUGAGCCU